UUCCAGCUAGGAUCCUUUAAUUAAUAAGAGACUGCUGCGGUGAGCCUGCUGAACCAAAAGGAAAGUUUCGUAAGCAAUUCCCAGUAAAUCAUGGUUCAGAUUAUUAAAGACAUGGAUGAAUUUAGCAGAUUUUUGAAAGCUGCUGGGUGCAAACUUGUGGUGGUUGAAUUUUCAGCAAAAUGGUGUGGUCCUUGCAAAAGGAUUUAUCCUCUUGUUCAUGAGUUGGCCCAAACUUAUCACAUCAGAUCAGUACCCACAUUUCAGAUGUUCAAGCAAACCCAGAAGGGCUCCAUCUCCAUGGCUAGACCUGUGAGUGAACUUCGUCCCCAUCAGGAAUGGGCCCUUGACUCCAGUCAAGCCAAUCUAAACCCAACCAGAGCUAAUCCUAGGAUGCGGCUUAAGCAGCUAGGUAAAAGCCUUCUCUUUCGAUUUCAUUGGAUUUGUUUGAACUUGGGAAGAUAUGAAGCUGAAGGUACUACAGCUAGCUGUAUGAAGCUGAAGGUUCUACAGAGAGAACCUGAAAAUGAAGCCACCAUACAAUGAAAAGCAGAGUCAAACCAGG